AUGUCGUUCGGAGAUUUGAAAGAGCUGCCGCAUUUGGUGAAGCCACUGAGUUUUGGCAUCACUAUACUUCUUUUCAUCUUCGUGCUGGUCGCGGAAGCUUCAUGGUACCCUAUUCUAAUCGCCUCUGUACUUCUUAUAUUCACAUUGCUGAUGCUUCUUUGCUUUGCCUUUGACGUCCCCUUCGUGGCGAGCCUCAUGUGGCCAAAAGUGGAAAUGGUCUACAGCAUGGUGUUCGCCGGAUUUUCGGUGCUGGGAGGUAUUAUCAUGUUUAUCCAGAUCUUUGACCGAACAUGGUUCGCUUCAAUUGUCACUGUGGGACUCUUUGCUGUAGAAGCACUUGUCUGGGCUUUCAACGCGUUGCAGAUGUGGCGUAAUGCUCCAAUGGUGCCAUCAAGCGGAAGCAAUCAAGCGACUGCCGCGCCACCCACGGGCUUUCCGCCAUCCGGCAUCAACCCCGGCGUU